CAUUAGUGCACCAAAAUUUUUAUAAACGGCUGUCAAGAGAUUACCAAAGAUUUCGACUUGAUUUUAGAAAAGAUUAAAUAUUGGACCGUGAUUAACUUUUACCUAACAAAAAAUCACCCACGAGUAAAAAUAUAAUCUCUUGGCAGUGAUUUUGUUAGGGUAAAAGUCAAUCAUGGGUCAAGAUUUAAUCUUCCCUAAAUCAAGCCAAUAUCUAUGAUAUCUCAUGAUAGUCAGUUUAUGAAAUUUUUGGUGCAUUGAAGCAUCCUUUACUGAUGCUCACAUUUCCUCCUUAAACCCUCCACAACCACAACCCAGUUUUCCAUAUCCCAUACACGUACGCGUGUGUAUAUAUAUUACACAACCCACGCACCACACCACAAAGUCAAAACCCAUAUAAAAUAUCACAGUCAGUCUUGUUGUUUGCUUGCUGUCUCUCUCGUGGGACUUGGCUUCUUCUGCUGAUCAUAGAACCAUUUAGUAGCUUUCUUCUAUCUCCUUCCAAACUCAAGAGCGAGCUAUAGUGUGAGUGCGACGAAUUAAUCCGAGGAGUAAAAAAAAUGGAGUACGGCAGCGGAGGCGGUGGCUCUGGUUGUGGAGACCACCACGACGAGGCCUCCGGCUCUCAGAAAAGGAAGAAGCGCUACCACCGCCACACUACUCACCAGAUUCAGAGGCUUGAAGGAAUGUAUAAGGAGUGCCCUCACCCAGAUGAAAAGCAGAGGAUGCAGUUGAGCAGAGAGUUGGGUUUGGCUCCUCGCCAGAUCAAAUUUUGGUUUCAAAACCGCAGGACCCAGAUGAAGGCGCAAAACGAAAGAGCAGAUAACAGCGCGCUUCGAGCAGAGAACGACAAGAUCCGAUGCGAGAAUAUUGCAAUCAGGGAGGCCCUCAAGAAUGUGAUUUGCCCCUCUUGCGGUGUCCCUCCACUCAACGAAGAUUCCUACUUUGACGAACAUAAAUUGCGAAUGGAGAAUGCCCAAUUGAAAGAAGAGUUAGAUAGAGUGUCUAGUAUUGCUGCAAAAUACAUUGGGAGGCCAAUUUCCCAGCUCUCACCAGUUCAGCCUAUUCAUAUUUCGUCUUUGGACUUAUCAAUGGCAAGUUUUGUGGGCCAUGGGAUGGCCGGACCUUCGCUUGAUCUUGAUCUUCUACCUGGGAGUGCUUCAUCUUCCAUGCCCAAUUUACCUUGCCAGCCUAAUGGGUUUUCGGACAUGGAUAAGUCCCUCAUGACUGACAUUGCUGCAAAUGCCAUGAAAGAGUUGCUUAGUCUUUUGCAGACCAAUGAACCCUUGUGGAUGAAGUCUUCUACUGAUGGGAGGGAUGUUCUUAAUCUCGAAACCUACGAGAGGAUUUUUCCGAGGGCUAAUAGUCAUUUGAAAAACCCCAAUGUUAGAAUUGAAGCAUCAAGAGAUUCUGGUGUGGUUAUCAUGAAUGGUUUAGCAUUAGUAGACAUGUUUAUGGACCCGAACAAAUUUGGAGAGCUAUUUCCAACAAUUGUCUCAAUGGCAAGAACAAUCGAAGUAAUAUCAUCUGGAAUGUUGGGAAGUCAUAGUGGCUCUUUGCAGUUGAUGUACAACGAGUUGCAAGUGCUUUCGCCAUUGGUACCAACUCGGGAGUUCUACUUCCUUCGUUAUUGUCAGCAAAUCGAGCAAGGCCUGUGGAUAAUUGUUGAUGUUUCUUACGAUUUUCCACAAGAUAACCAGUUUACAAGCCAGUGUCGAUCUCAUAGGCUUCCUUCCGGGUGCUUGAUUCAAGACAUGCCUAACGGAUAUUCCAAGGUUACUUGGGUGGAACAUGUGGAAAUAGAAGACAAAGUUCCAACUCAUCGGAUUUAUAGAGAUCUUAUUCACAGCGGAUUAGCAUUUGGAGCUGAACGAUGGCUUGCUGCUCUGCAGAGAAUGUGUGAACGAUUUGCUUGUCUAAUGGUUUCAGGAACUUCUACUAGAGAUCUUGAAGGAGUGAUUCCAUCCCCUGAAGGAAAGAGGAGCAUGAUGAAACUAGCUCAAAGGAUGGUGAACAACUUCUGCGCAAGCAUUAGCGCAUCCAACGGACAUAGAUGGACCACCCUUUCUGGGACGAACGAGAUUGGAGUGCGAGUCACUAUCCAUAAGAUCACUGAUCCUGGCCAGCCCAAUGGCGUGGUUCUUAGUGCAGCUACUACCAUUUGGCUCCCCUUAUCACCGCAGAAUGUCUUCAAUUUUUUCAAGGAUGAAAGAACUCGACCUCAGUGGGAUGUGCUUUCAAAUGGCAAUGCAGUGCAAGAUGUUGCCCACAUAGCAAAUGGCUCACAUCCAGGGAACUGCAUAUCUGUUCUUCGAGCAUUCAACACUAGCCAGAACAACAUGUUGAUACUCCAACAGAGCUGCAUAGACUCAUCAGGCUCACUUGUUGUGUACUCCCCUGUUGACCUACCGGCCAUUAACAUAGCAAUGAGCGGUGAGGAUCCUUCUUACAUUCCUCUGCUGCCCUCAGGGUUCUCCAUUUCUCCCGACGGGCGGGCAGAUCAAGGGGACUGCGCCUCAUCGAGUUCUUGCAAUGCAACUGGAAGUGGAUCACUAAUCACAGUGGCAUUUCAAAUUCUGGUGAGCAGCUUGCCAGCCACUAAACUGAACUUGGAGUCGGUAAAUACCGUUAAUACCCUAAUCGGAAACACUGUGCAGCAAAUUAAAACAGCCUUGAAUUGCAAUAGUUCCUGAUGAUGAUCACUCUCUGCUACACAACUGUUUUUUCUUGUCUACCAUUGAUCUUAAAUAUUUCUGAUCAGAAAUGAUCAGAGGUAUUCAAUGUGGGACAGAUCAUCUGCGUUAGUUGAAAACUUUGAAUGCCCUCUCAUCAAGGAUCUGAAGCUUCAUUUACUUCCACUGCUGCUGCUGAUGGUUCAGAAGAGCUGUGUUUUUGCUUCCAAGGUUCAUCACAAUUUACACCAACUACAAAUUUUUUUUUUUUUUUUUUUUUUUUUUUUUUUUUGGGUGGGGUAGGUUUUUGUUCUGGCCAGUGAUUUUAACGCUCGUCUUGUAACCUCAUGUACUCCUUCUGUGAGUGCGUAAAAAAUUUUAACGCUCAUCUUUUGACCUCAUGUUGGGAUUGCGCGUGGAUAGAAGAGGUGUUAAAAUCACUAGCCUUUGUUUUUGAGUUGUCUUUGUUAUUUUGCAAAUUUCGUUUUGGAAAAGUAGAGCAUUAAAAGAGGGAGUCAAGAACGCACCAUACCCGUCUUCUUUCUUGCUGAAUUUCUCUCCGUCCAUCUCUCUCCAUCAAAAAAAAAGGUUGUAUGGUUCGGGCAUUGACUUCUUGUUCAUCAACUUAUGUAGCUUAAUUUAAACCAUAUUUGAAUUUCCUCUCAA